UAUUCAACCCAAUGCACUCCAAUACGUUGAUUCCGAUGACGCCAACCUAUUAGAGUAUGUUGGAGCAUGAGGCAUGGCGACGCGAACAAACCAUAUGAAGAUUAUGAAGCAUCAAGUGAAUCCAAGUGAAUCGCACUACUCUCAAGAAUCUUGAGUCUCAUGUCUCAUGAUGAACUAUUCUCACUAGUUGUAAAUGGUUCUAAAUUUUGUGAAAUCAAAAUUGUACUAUAUAUGGUAAAGAAAAUGCAUCGUCAAAUGGAGGUUCAGCGAUGUCUUCAUUAAGAACAAUGCAUUUUUAAGAAUAUUCUUUUCUUUACUUAACAUGGAAAUGAGAACAUCUUUUCAAACCCUAAUUUUUACAUAAAAUAUAAUAUUUGUGAAUACGCUUGUAAUCGUAAUACUCCAUGCAAAAUGCAAUGUAAAAUCAAUGACUUGCCCGACGAGUUGCUGGAGUACAUUUUAAGCUUGAUACCACCUUACAAGGAUCUUCAGGAAUGCAGACUUGUUUGUAAAAGAUGGUAUCGAGCUACCAAAAAUGUAAUAGAACAUAAUGAAGCACAUUUUCAAAAGUCUGUUGCUUUUGGAUCUUUGUUAUGGAAUUCGUUGCCAUCUAUGCACUGGAUCUCUACCAUUGGGAAGAGACAUUCGCAUUCUGCUUGUAUAUAUGAUAAUUCUAUGUAUGUCUUUGGUGGCUGCACAGCCACAUGGACAACGUUCAAUGAUCUAUGGCAAUUGGACUUGGGUACAAGAACAUGGGUGAGACCAAUCACUAUGGGCAACUAUCCAUCACCCAAGGCUUGUGCCACUAUGCUUUAUUAUAAGAAAAGUUUAAUUUUAUUUGGAGGCUGGUCUCAUCCAUCACCAUAUCCAUUACAUCAGCAAUGGAAAUUAUUUAAUGAAUUACAUGUGUAUUCUAUAAAAUCAAAUAAGUGGACUGCUAUAAAUACGUUAGAAACUCCACCACCAACAUCCGCACACUCUGCAACAAUACAUAGGAAUUUAAUGGUCAUUUUUGGUGGAGUUUGUAAUGGAUACAGUUCCAAUGAUGUAUGGUGUUUAAAUUUGGACACGUAUACCUGGCAUAAACAGAGUACAUCAAAUUUAAAGCCCCAGCCACGUUAUGGCCAGUCGCAAAUUGAACUUGGAGAGAAACAUCUACUUAUACUUGGAGGUUGUACAGGACCAAAUGCUGCUAUGAAUGAUGCUUGGUUAUUAACAAUGGAAGGUGAGUCUUGGACAUGGAGGAAAGUCAACAUGCACAACACAGAAUGGGCACCAACACGUAUUUGGUGUCAUCAAGCUUGUAAGGUUGGAAAUUAUAUUAUAGUACUUAGCAAAAAUAGACAUCAAACCAAACCAAAUGAUAUGAGUAUCUCAUUAAAAAAGGUUGCCUGUCAAAGGAGUACUUCACCACGUUUGUGCGAGUCCAAUCUUUUGCCCGAAAGGCAAAGAACUGUACCUACCAUGGAUAGAGAUGAAAAUAUAAACGGACGGCAUGGAGCGUUCUCCAGGUCACAUUCACAAAUUGCGCAUACUUCGUCGCAUACAUCGAGUGUCCAAAAAACAAUACCGUUUUACAAUGAUAAUGCCUUAAGUAUGGCCGCAUUUCGCGAUCAAUCUCCGCAUAGUCACGCAAUCGUAAACAGACAACGUCAAUUGGAAUCGCUAAGAAGAAUGGAGGAGAAAAUUCGUAAUAAGAAAACACAGUUAACGAAAGCAUCUAAAAAAAACGAGAACACAUUGUCGAUAUUUGUAUUGGAUAUUACCAAUGUUCUUUCGGAUGAUUGCAAGGCUUUGUGGAUACCCUUGAAACAAAACGAUCGGUCGGGGCCUGACGAGAGAAUUCUGUAUUCUCUUGUAGUGGGAAGAGGGGAACUGAUAGUUUUUGGGGGUAUUCGUAAAGAAUAUUCAACAUUAGGUCACACCGAUGUGGACGAUUCUGUAGUAUAUAACGAUCUCCAUUUUAUAAAUCCACCUCGAUAUGUUAUUUAAUAUUAAAAAGCAAUUAAAAACAGUA